AUGUAUAGUGAAAAACUUAAAGAGUUACGUGUGAUUGACAGUUUUAAGUUCCGUUUUCAUCGCAUAAUGAAAAAUGAAAUUCAACGGUGGGCGCGUACAAUUAAAAGGUGUAAUGCAUUUUUAAAAUUUGAUACACGUGGUGUUGAAAUAGACAAUAAUCUUGAACAUAAUAAUCACGCGGCCGAUGAGAAACGAUCACUUGUGCGGCAGAAAUUAAGUAACAGUGUCAAACGUAAAGCGGUAGAGCAGCUAUGUGAACGUCCCAGCAAAAUUAUACAUUCUGAGAUUACACCAGAUGAUUUAAAUAUAUUAGACUCAAAGGAUAUAAAUUUAAUCCGAAAAAAUAUUCACACUGCUCGUAUGAGUAAGUAUCCAAUAUUACUUAAAACACUUUUGGAAUUUUAUGCGAUGGUUCCCGACGUAGUAGAUAAAUUACACACCAAUGGAGGUGAAAAAUGGAUUAUUCACAUUGACAAUAAUAAAGGUGUUGUGUGCUUCUCUACAAUUAAAAAUUUAAAUUUUUUUAAAAAGUGUGAUGCUGUUUUGAUGGAUGGUACUUUUUCAAGCUGUCCAUCUCUGUUUAAUCAAUUGUUCGUGGUUCAUGGCGUAAAAAAUAAUAUUUACGUACCAUUAUUUUUUUGUUUAUUGAUGGGAAAAUCAGUUACUGAUUAUUGUACAGCACUCGAGUUUUUGAAACAGCGUUCACCACUACUACCAACCACUUUUCAUAUUGAUUUUUAA